AUUGACAGAUAUGUGAGAGGUUGGGGGAUAUGAGAGAGGGGAUAUCAGGAGGGUAUGGUAUGAUAUAUGGAGGUAAUCGAGGGAAGAAGAUAUGGGGGAGAAGGUGACAGUUUCUAACACAGGAGAUCAGGGACCCGCCGAUCCUCGGGGUGGGGAGAAGGUCACCAUGGAUCUGCAAGACCAGAUUAUGGAAGAGGCCAAGGAGCUGGCUCGACGUGCAUCGCUGUACCAGAGUAGCCUACCUCCGCCUCUCGUCACUGCCAAGCCCCUCUCGGAUGUGGCUGAGGAGGAGGUGCUGGAGGAGUGCAACGAGGCCUGGAGGGAGCUGGGAGAGUUCCAGAACAAACUCACCCUCGCCGAUAUCAGGGAGGUGGUCCAGGAUUCAGAAAAUCCGGUGAGAAUCUGUUUUUCAAAUCCACAAGCACUGCUGGAGGGUCGCUGCCAUGAAGGCGCUGCACUGCCGGAGGCUCUACUGGCCAAUAAUGAGGUGCUGACUUGUUUGGGGAAGCAAGAGUUACAGAAUACCAUCAAACAACUGGAGAUGAUCCUGUCUUGCGUCAGAGCAAGGAAGAAAUCCUUACAGGAGGAGUUGGAGAGGGAGCAGAAGUGGCUUGAGGAACAGCUGGAGUUAGAAAAGACCGUGCAGGAGAGAUUUGACCAUCAGCAGCAGAACUUCCUUGUUAUCUCCAAGAACAGCGAGAUCCAGAAGUUGAAAAGCCGCUUGGAGAAGGUGACUAAUCGGAAGGACGAGCUCCUGUCUGCCCUCGGAAAAUUCUUGGAUGUGCAUUAUCCUCCCCCCAGUGAGAAAGACACCCAGUCAAAGACGGUGAGAUCGGCCGCUGAGAGAGAUAAAGGCUCGGCCAACUUCAUCACGCUUCAUGAGAUCCUUGAGCACCUCAUCACCAAGGCCAUGAAGAGCCCUCACGAUCCCUACCUGGAGCUGGAUGAUACUUUCUGGCCGCCCUUCGUCGAAGCCCUGCUGCGUUACGGGGUGGUCCUGCGACACCCUGACGACCCCCACCGAAUCCGCCUGGAGGAGUUCGACCAGUAGCUGGUGACGGGGCCUGGGAGCAUGCUUCGGGCCAAAUCUUGAGCCCCCUCACCCCUCCCAACAGCCAUCGGCGCUGGACCGAUCUCGCCAUCUCCCAGCCGUGCUCCUCUCCUCCUGCCUGGACACCAUGGGUGGGAGCCCAUUCCCCUCACCUUGUGUAUCUCCGCCGAUGCUGGACAGUUCGAGUGUGUAUGUCAUCUGGUACUUCCUCUGCUCCCUGGGAGUCCCUAACGUGAGCUGCUUUGUCCGGUAGUUCUUCCAUCUAUGUCUGCGGGCGACGUGUGGACCAUAUUGUUACAGAAUGGGUAAGCAGCAGAAGUAGAUGCGCAAAUCUCCCCUCACCUCCCAGGAUCCGUGUCCCUUUGCUUAUGAGUGAGGCAAGAGCGAAACCCUUCACCAAUGGAGACGGAGGGGAUACUGAGCUCUGCACUGUUGCACAGUGGAAGGGUAGGCAGUGGAAGACUUGCUGCCGGACGUUCCUUGCUCCCAGACCCUGUUGUUCUGUGCUGCGGAAUGUUCUGAGAGGCAGUUGUGCAGACAGCGACACCGAUUCACACCCCCACGGUGUGCCACGUCCUGAUGACUCUCUACUGUGACCUUGCAAAAUUCCUUCUGAUGUAUUGUUCAUUAAAGUUCUUGUAACAUGA